AUGGCUGGAGCUAUUGUCUCGCUUGUUCUGCAAACGCUUGGAAAUAUGUUGAAAGAUGAAGCAAGAUUCUUGUCGGGAGUGACGGAUCAAGUUGAAGAAGUCCGGAGAGAGCUAAAGCGAAUGCUCUGCUUCCUAAAAGAUGCAGAUGCCAGAAACUGCAAAGAUGAAACAAUUCGCAAUUGGCUGAGGGAAAUCAGGAGUCUUGCUUAUAGGAUUGAAGAUCUCGUCGAGACGUUUGCUAUUGAAGUUGCGUCCAGGAAAUCAUCAGGACAUAGAGGUGUCAAGAAAGUUCUUAAAAGAGUUUCCGGCACAUUUGCUGAGAUUAGAUCUCUUCAUAACAUAGGAGUGGAGAUUACCAAAGUCAAAAGUGAUCUAAGUAGCCUCACUGCAAGUCUCCAAAUGUAUGAUGUGAGAGCUAUUGGUGAAGCAGAAAGCUCAAGUGCAGCGAAUGAUGAUCGAAAGUUCCAACAAUGGAUACGGCAAACUUAUGCCCAUGAGGUUGAGGAUUACUUCGUUGGAAUGGAGGAUGAUAUAGCUAAUUUGGUGUCACUAGUAAUUGAUGAUGACAAACGCCAUCGUGUCAUUUCUAUAUGGGGAAUGGGCGGUCUUGGCAAGACAACUCUGGCUAGGAAAGUUUACAAACACAUUGCCGUUCAACGGAGUUUCGAACGUUUUGCUUGGACUUGUGUAACGCAAGAAGGUCAAAUGAAAGCCAUUUUACAGGAUCUGUUGAUGCAGCUUCAUCCCCAAAAGCAGGAGGAUGUCAAGUUCAUGGGACACAGGCAGUUGGUCCAACAACUUCAUCAAGUGCAGAUAGAGAAAAAAUGUUUGGUUGUUCUUGAUGACAUCUGGAAAGUGGAUGAUUGGAAAAGCUUGCUUGCGGCAUUUCCUGUUGUUGAACGGGACAUCAAAGUUUUGCUCACAACUCGUAACAGGAAUGUUGCAAAAAAAGGAUGUCUCUAUGAGCUUAAAUGCUUGAAUGAAAUGGAAGGCUGGGAGUUGCUACAAAAGAUCGCUUUUGCAAGAAAGCGAGCAGAUUUGAAGAUUGAAAGAAAUCUACAGGAUGUUGGGAUUGAAAUGGUAUCCAAGUGUGGAGGCCUACCAUUGGCUAUUACUGUACUAGGAGGAAUUCUCAAAGACAAAAAUUCCUUCAGAGAAUGGCAAAUGGUGAAUAGAUACAUUGGUUCAUAUCUAAGCAAGGUGGAAGACGACGAAGAGAGAGAUGGAGGAUCGAUUGCCCGAGUCUUGUCCUUAAGUUACAAUGAGCUGCCACAUCAUUUAAAGCUAUGUUUCCUCUAUUUGGGCAAUUUUAAGGAGGAUGAGGACAUAAGACCACAACAUCUGUAUUUACUAUGGAUGGCAGAAGGCAUGGUUUUGAAAGAACACCAAAGAAGCGGAGAAACUCUGAUGGAAGUUGCACAAAGAUACUUGAGCGAAUUAGGCCGCAGAUCAAUGGUUCAAUUGAAACUUCACGAGUCCUCGAUGUCCAGGAAGUUUGUCUCUUGUCGCCUUCAUGACAUGAUGAGAGACUUGUGUUUGCAGAAAGGCAGAGAGGAAGAAUUUGUCAGGGUUGUAGAUUUUCAAGGUGUGAAACCACAACCCUUGCUGCAUUCAUAUUCUCUCACAAAUAAUGCUUGCAGAUUAGUCAUCCAUGUCGAAAAUGAGGAAGAUGGUGCUGCUACGGUAAGCAGUGCGCUAGAGGAUUGUCAACAAUUGCGCUCGCUGUUUUGCCUGAAAGCAGUUGCUGGAUUUUGGGAACCGCAAAUGCUCUGGCCACAGGGUGUAGUCGUAAAAAAUUGCAAAUCUCUUAGAGUUCUAAAAUUUGAAGGAUUUGAUUUUGAUGGGAAAAAGCUGCCCAUACAAUUACCAAAUUUGGUCCAUUUGAGGCUUUUAAGUUUGAAAUUCUGCAAAUUGGAUGAAUUGCCAUCAGCAGUAGCUGACUUGCCCUUGUUGCAGACCUUGGAUCUUGAAGUGAAAAAUGAGAUAAAAAUCCCAAAUUUUGAAACACUCUACGAUGGAAGGAGGGGGCAAACUGCAGUUACAUGGCUUAAGCGAGUUGGAGACCCUCUGGGCAUUAGAUAG